AAACUUAUUCUCAUUAUCAUAUAAUAACACAAAAUGAACAGUCAAAUCUCUAAAUAUAAAAGAUGCUUGUGUUUGCCUUCUCUUUUCACUAUUUUCAUUUACUUGUUCUCUCAACCUGUGUUGUUUAGUUUUCUCUCUCUCUCCUCUCUGGCCAUGGCUUCCUCUAAUUCAAAUGAAGUGAAAUUUGUUCCGGAAGAAGAUAAUUUCUUGCAGAGACAUGUCGCCUUCUUCGACAGAAACAAAGAUGGCAUCGUUUAUCCAUCGGAAACAUUUGAAGGAUUUAGAGCAAUCGGAUGUGGAUAUGCGAUGUCAACAUUCGCUUCUAUGUUCAUAAACAUGGGUCUCAGCAGCCAAACUCGUCCGGGUAAAGGGUUCUCGUUGUCGUUUCCGAUUGAGGUUAAGAAUAUCCACCUUGCCAAACAUGGCAGCGAUUCAGGCGUUUACGACAAGGAUGGACGAUUCGUGGCUUCUAAGUUCGAGGAGAUAUUUACGAAGCAUGCUCACACACAUAGCGAUGCUUUGACCAAGGAGGAACUCAAAGAGCUCCUCAACGCAAACAAAGAACCAAAUGAUCGUAAAGGAGGGAUUCUAGCGUAUGCGGAGUGGAAGGUAUUGUAUGAUUUGUGCAAAGACAAGAAUGGUUUGCUGCAGAAGGAGACAGUGAGAGCCGUCUAUGAUGGUUCUCUUUUCGAAAAACUCGAGAAACAAAGAGCUUCUAAUAAAUCCUAAGAUACAUGCAUCCAUAAACAAACGCCUAUCUAAAUUCAUUUAUGCUCGUGAAUCUGUUUGUUUUUUAAAAUAAUAUUAUCAAAUCUUUAUUAUUAUAGUAAAAUAUGGUGUAAAAGAUUGAUUAUGAUGUAUUUGAUUUUCUAUAAUUAUAGUUUCUAGUUUAUUUGA